UAUCACUUCACAUUACCAAUGUGUUAGCUAAAGUUAAUACAUAGCUACUAAAGGGGAAAAUUUGAUUUUUUUAGUUUUGACUAUAAACAGAUUUUUAAAACCUUAAAAUUUUGUUGAUGAUUAUAUAAUCAUAUAGUGUUAAAUCUAUUGAAUCCUGAUUUGGAAUGUCUAUCAACAAGGUGAAAGCCGUAGGUUAUCCGUUGGCUGCAGUGUUUGAUGCGAAUGAUCAAAAAAGUUUUCGGAUGUUAAUUGUGUGGUUGGAGGAAAACAUAUUACAUACUUAUGAACCAGAAAAACGGAAAGAGUUACAGAAUAUUGAUUCCCCUUCUUGGGAUAUAGUAUUUAAAAACUAUUGUGUAUCAUGUUCUAGUCCAAUUAAAACUACUGAAGCAAUAGAUCAGUUGGAAUGGUUAUUAGGUUUGGCAGUUCGACUAACAUACAAUAAAGAAAAAAAUAAAUUUGAUUCUGAAACAAAAAAAACACUAGAAGUUUCUGCUGAUGUUCCAAUGAUUAUACCAUCCGAUAACCCAAUUGACAAUCUUGACGUUAACAGUAGUGAUUUCAAAGAAGGUAUUGAGAAACUUGCAGAUUUACUAAAAGUUUCCAAGCAUCCAGAUCACAAAAUUACAUUAGAAGCUAUUCAUAAAUUUAUAAUUAAAAGGCUUAAUGAAGAAGCAAUAAAAAAUCCAUCAACAAUAUUACCUAAAGGAGAAGCUUUUCCUUUAGAAAAAGUAAAAGGUCAUAAAAUUGAGUCCAAAGAUGCAGCCGUUCUACAUGCAAUGAAAGUAUUGAGGUUAGCACAACUGCAUAGGUUACGUGAUCUUCAAACAUGUAUUAAUGAAUGUAUAGUUGCUAUGCAGGAAGUUACUUCUGAUCCAAAAACAGAUACAAAAUUGGGAAAAGUGGGAUAUUGAACACAUAAUAUUUGUAAUUUAUUAUUAUAUUUAAUUAAAUUGUAAGAUCUAUAUGAAUAAUAAAAAGCUUCUAUACAAAGAAUAAAUUUUUUUAAAUUCUUUGUACUUAUA